GCUUCUUCGAUACGGACACGGUCGAGAAACUCCGCUUGGCUGCCUGGCCCACAACGAACCCGCUCCAUGUAGUCCGUCUUCUCGGUCCCUUUCGUCGUCAUCGGCUUCGUCGUCGUUGCUCGCCUCCUCCCCUUUCCUUCCCUUCGUCGUCGUCACUCGUUCUAACGAAAACCUCGACCGCGCACCUAGGAGCCAGCUUUGGCCUGUGUCAUCUAGCGAAGCGCUGGCGCUGAGCUCAGCACGACACGAUCCUCGCGGAACCGUACCCUUGUGUAUUCCUUGUUUCGCGUUCUGUGCUUCGUGCUCGUGCCGCCGGCUUCACACUUCUCGUUUCUUCAUUGUGCACGACGAGAAUGCGGCCGCAUGGCGUGUUCGGAAAGCAGAAUGCCCUUUCGCUCUUCGCCCUCUUCGCCUUCGUCCUCACUGCCCUUCACUUCUAUUGUUCACCCUCGCAACGGUUCGGUGGUGACGGUCGUCUCUUGGCAGUGCCGGCGUUUGGACGCCGCAAGCUUCAGAGGCACUGGUCCAUAACGGGGAGGGGUCAUCUCGAGGGCGUCACGAACUUCAGAAAGCCCCCAGGACUGAAGGUCGUGGCUCUUGUGUUCUACGGCAGGCCGGGGAGUGUGUCCAUCCUGGAUUGCUAUCUGAAGAGAAAUCUGGCCGUGAACGGUGGUGUCCUGGACGAAGUCGUCUUCCUGGCGCGCACGAGACGGGUGCGCGACCUGCUCUACCUGGACGAGCUUGUUCGCACGUCGCCGUACUACCGCCGGCAGGAUCUGACCUUCACGCGUGGCGAUUACAGAUCGGCGUACAACUUUGUCGAAAACGGGACCAUGUAUGUGAAGAUCGAUGACGACAUUGUGUUCAUGGAGGACUCUACGAUCCCGAGCCUGGUCUCGACAAAGCUGGAGAAUCCAGACCUGUACAUCGUAUCUGCCAACGUGGUCAACCAGCCGUCGCUCAGCUGGGUGCACCAGCACUUGGGCGUCGUCAAACCAUACCUGCCGGAACUGGAUACGCCUCCGACCUUCUUUGAAUACCAAGGUGCGGUCGUGUCGCGCUCGCACGACCACCACGUCGCAGGGACAUGGCGGCCGUCUGAGCUGCCCACCUGGAGCGGACCGCCGUCCUUCAACUUCACCGACUACUUUGCCCACCACCCGAACGGGCCGUGCCCAAGCCACAGGUGGCUGCCGCUGCGAAACCAAUCCAACCAUGACAACACGCCCAUCACGGCCGCUCUGUACGACGCGUUUGGGCCCAGCCUGUGGCACUGGUACAUUGGGGCGCAACAGCACUUCUCCUUCCUCGAGCAUCUGGAAAACAACGAGCUGUGGCGGUACAAGUUCCACCGCUGGGACUACAAUUAUCAGAGGAUGGGCAUCCAGAUGAUCGCCAUGAUGGGCGACGACAUCAACAGGGCGAAGCCAAUCGUAAACAGGGAUGACGAGUACUACUUUUCUGAGUUUAUGCCGUCGGUGACCAAGCGACACGGUGUCGUCGACGGCCGAGCACUUGCCGUGCACUACAGCUUUGCACCUCAGAAGGAAGGCAUGCACACGACCGAUCUCCUGGAGCGAUAUCGAGCAUUUGCGAUGGAAAACAUAUGUGUGUAGACGAUCUUAACUUUGUACAAUAUCCUUUCAGUAUGCAGGCGGGCGUUUCAUUUGGUUGCGACACGAUACCCGGCGACCUUGCGCAGGAUGGGACGGCGAGAAAAGACUCAGAUAGACUAGGGAAGUGCGAUGGUUUGUUCCGGAUAGAGUUAGCCAGCUGAGCACACGCAUCAUGGCACGAGAAGGUUUUCGGACACGGCUCAACGCCAGGAGUGAUUUGAGCGGGCAUCCGUAUUCAGCCCAGCAUCUCGGCAGCCGCGAGGACGAGGGUGCUGAUGACGAUGAUGACGGGAUCAGCUGGAGCGGCCAGGCGACGCGUGGUGCUUCCCUUUUUGGGCUGGACAGACUAAGCGCCAAGCAACGGCGCCUCCAAGCCGGACCAAGAAGAACGCUCAGCGUCGUGCUGCUGACUGCCGAGCGACGAGGAAAAUUUUUUCUGUCCGUCGGUUGCUGCGCUAUUAUUCUUGAUGUUACUGUAUUUACCGUAGCCGCGUCUUGGCUCGUGGAGUUGGCUGGUGAGGAAUCAUCGUUGCUGAGGCCACGCGUACUCGUCCUGAUUUAGAACACGGUGGAUGACCCCAGACACAUCACGUCACAGUGGAGCACGAGACGCCUUAAGCGGAUCCUCCAUUCCUCGCCUGGCCUAGAGCUCAGGGCGUUGCCAAAGGCCGCAGAGGCCCAGUCCACCUGCUAGGGGGCACCUGCUCGGGGGGGG